AUGGCUACAAGGAAUCUACAAAAUAAGAAAGCAGAUGGAAAAUCUCAAGUAACCUCUCAUGGCCUACAGAGAAAGGAUGCUCUGAGUGCCUCAGAAUCACAGCACAUCAACCAAUCGGGUUUAUCUGUAGCAAGAAAAAAACAGGUUCUUGCUCAGGAUGAAGAUGAGCUCCCAAAAGGAGAGAACAUUUCUGAGAAACUAAUAAAUGCCAUUCAUGGAUCAAGGAUUUCCAUUGUGGAUUUCCAUUCUAAAGGCUAUGCUUCUUCUAGGUGGUGCCUUGAUGAACUUGUCGAGAUCAUGGACGGUACAAAAACUAGAGGCCACAAUCUUAUUCCUACCAUUUAUCAUGUGGAGCCUCGGAUGUCCGAAAAUAGGAAGGGACUUUUGCCAGUGCAUUCACUGGGUGUGAAGAAUACGAAGGACAUGAGACUCAGUUUCAAGCAAAUGGACAGAGUAAAGAGGUGGAAAAUAGCUCUUUGUUAUUCCGAGAAUUGUACUAGUUAG